AUGGCCAUGCAAUACAUCAAUUACAUCAAGGCAAAGGCGCACAUAGCCACAUCACGCAAGGCUGACAUUCCAGUCCUUUCUGAAGAAGAUGAACAAUUCCUCAAUCGCAUCACGUCUCAGGAGAAUCCACCUCCGCUCCCAGCGCGGACUUACCUGGAGGCGCAAGUCAAUGACGCCCAGAUUGCGCUCAUGGACGGCGCCCAGAAUAUCCCGCUACCUCAGACGCCCGAUGAACUCACGGAAGCGUCCACAGUAGUCCUGGACCACGACAAGUCAGAGGCGAAAGGGAGCAGAUCUAAAUCAAACACCACCUGGAGCUGGCUGAGACGGGACAGUCGAGAGGCAACGCAGCAGAAGCAUGAGGCUACUGCGGCGGGACUGGAUAGCAUUGCUCAAAGCCUUAAGAAAGCCGAUGCGGAUGACAGCGAUGAUGUGAAAGAGCUCAAGCGGGAGGAAGAAGACAUGACUAUUGUGCUUGAGCGACUGAAUCUGGCUGCUGUCAAUAACAGGGUUUUCUCAAUCGGUGAGGAAACCCAAGACCUCCUGCAGCAGUUCAAUCAGGUUUUCAAAGAUUUGGUCCAAGGCGGGCCGACGGCAUAUGAUGAUCUCGAGUCACUCUUAACAAACGGGGACAGACAACUACAGAAGACCUUCAACUCGCUGCCGAGCUUCCUACAGAAACUGAUUGAGAAGUUGCCCGAAACCAUGACCAAAGGAUUCGCUCCUGAAAUCAUGGCUGCGGCGGCAGAGAGAGCGCAGAAAAGUGGCGUAAACAUGGAGACUGCGGGAAAGGCGGCCGCAGCAGCCUCCAAGUUGGGAAUCAAGACGCCUUCAUUGAAGGAGCUGACGGGAAAGCCUGCAGCCAUCGCCGGCCUGCUAAGAUCUAUCAUCAACUACUUGCGAGCCCGCUUUCCAGCCUUUAUGGGAGCAAAUGUGUUAUGGUCCCUCGCUCUUUUCGUACUGCUGUUCGUCUUCUGGUACUGUCACAAACGUGGCAGAGAAGUUAGACUGGAAAAAGAGCGACAGCUUACCGAAGAGGAAGUGGGCCAGCUCGAUGCGGAAUACAAGGCUCAGCAUCUUCAGGAAGUUCCCACAACCACGGCAGAAAAGGGAGCAUCGAUGGAAGAGGUGAAAGCUGGGAUUGAUGAAGCCGAUGCCAUCAAGGGGGCCGCAGCGGGAAAAUCAGCGGACCCGGUCAUUGUUCCGCCAACUACGGUCCCUUGA